AGAAGCAUUUUAAUAUGUGUUGUAGUAUUUAGUAAUAAUUACUUAAAGAAAUAAAAAGUUGAAUGAAAUUUAUGUGUGUCGAUAUAUAACAAAAUAUUCAUGUUGAGAAAUAAAAGCAAAUUAUAAUAAGUAAUAUACGCGAAGGCUACAGUCCACCAUCGCGUACGAUUUUCAUCCAUCCAUUGUCGGACAUCGUCAUCAUGAUCCGGUUACCUUUCAACGCAGCUCUGUUGCUGGCCCUGCUGCUGGCCGGGCCUGCGGUCACGUCCUCGGUGGACAGCAACGGCGUUGACGAUGGCGAAGAAAACCCGUUCCUGGAAGCGGCCAAGUCGCUGCUGCAAGACUCGCUGGCCAGCGGACAGGGCGGCGGUGCCGGCGCCGGCUUGGGCUCCGUACUCCAGUCGUUCAUGCAGACGGAGGGCGCCAAGUCCGGGCUGGGAUCCAUCGUUUCCGGUCUGGCGGCGGCCAAGGGUUCCGUCGACCCGCAGGUGAUCGGCCAGCUCGUCAGCAUGUUCGCCGGUGGCUCGGCUGCGGACAAGUCGUCUUCCGGCAACGAAGACGGGCCUGGCGUGGACUGGAGCUCAAUGAUCGACUUGGCUUCCGGGUUCAUGUCGUCGACGGCGGGCGCGGGUGGUCUCCAGGGUUCGUCUCUCGAGGGUUUCAUGAAUGUUCUUCCGGUGUUGGUGAACGCGUUCAGUGGCGGUCACAAGCAUUCCGACGAUCCGGAAGUGGAGGAUUUCGAAGAGCACGAGCGGCAUGCCAGGGCCUCGACCUUCCUGCCGCCGUUUCUGAGCAGCGCGUACGUGUACUGGGAACACUUCAAAAACAGUGAGCUUGGCACGACCCUGUGGAAGAACAGCGGCCUGGGCAGCAUCCUGAAGCUGUUCAUCGACAAGGACGGUCAUUUCCAGGUGGACAAGAUAUUCGAGUCCAUGGAGAACUCCACGUUCAGACGGCGGUGGGUCAGGAGUCUGACCAGCUUCGUCGCCGAAUGGAUGAAACACGUAUCAGACCCGAACACACAGGCCAGAUAUUUGUCGACGACACAAUUCAUAAUGAAUGGAUUCUUAAAGUCUCAAGGUUAUUCUAAAGCGGCUCAGUUCGAUUCAGCACGACCAGCAGAAUCGCUGAGCUUCCUGGCCGACGCUGUGUUUAAACGACAGUUCGGACUCAAAGUCAAUUCCGCUACAUACAUCAAACCAGCGAUAGCAUACUUACAAGAUGUGUUUAGGUUGGGUCAAAGCAAAGGAUUGAGCUUGCAGCAUUUAACUUCCAAGGAAAUCGAAGAGAAGCUAUCGGAAUUGUUGAAUCACGAGUUGAUUGACCCGAUACUCAGGGUGUGGAGGGUGUACAGGUUCGUGGGCAAGAAACCAGAAUGUGAUCGUUACUUGGUGUGUAGCAUCAAUCGCAAAGGCCAAUAUCCAGAUAGCAAAACAGGACUCAAACCAGGUGUCACAAAACUAUCCAGUUUAAUCGCUUCAUGGUUCCUGUCCGGACAAACGGGAACGCCGUUCUGGAAACUUUACAACGCCGCAACCGAAGACCACAAUUGUUCGACUAAAUAUUCGGCAAAUUGUCAAGAAUUCCACGAAGAAGAUUUGAAAGCUACGACUGAAUAUUUCCACAACGAACUCUAAUAGUAGAGUGUAAAAACAAACAACAAAAAACUAUCAAAAAUUGCGGAUAUACAUAAUAUGCAUAGUUUCAAAGGCUGUUUCAUCAAUUUUGGUUUUUGAACAUUUUAUAAUAUUCAUAUAAUAUGUAUUUUAAUUCUAAACGGGGUGUACACUAGGUACUCGGGUACUUAAACCUAGUUUAAGCCACCACUGAUAUACUACCAUAAUUUUGUUUUAUAAUCUUUUUUAUAUAUAUAUUAUGUAUAAUGUUUACAUUUACUAAAUUAUUUUUUGCAUAUAAUUUACUGUUAGGUAGGUAAUGUAUUUUGCGGAACAAAACCGCAUUUAACUUUAUAUAGGUAUUUUACCAUCCCGAAAUAUUUUAACAGGGGACCUUAUGGAAGUGCAGAUGGAACUCAAAUGAUUCAUUUUAUACUAUAGAGUUCCAUAUGAAAUAAUUAUGUCUUUCGGACUAGAUCAAAGUACCGUUUGGUGAUAAUACACCGUCCUAAUGGCAAAAAAAGCUAACACAGUAUUAUUUUACUGAUAAAGUGUAUAGGUACCUAUAUUAUUCGUACACCGAUUGAUAGCUUCAUAGAAUAUUUAAUUGAUAUUGUAAUUCGUUUUCUACAAUAUUAUACUUAAAUUAUUUGUGUACCGUUAUUUUUGAUGAUUUUAUACAAAGCAACGAGAUAAAUAAUAUUAUAUUAUAAUAGGUUAGGUACCUACUUACUAAAUCAAAUUGUUUUCGAUUCUAAUAUUCUACAGUGAUGCACCCGUCAUCGUCAAUGACGAUCCUAACAAUUUAAUCCCCAAUUAUACUAUGGAUGCUAUUAAGCGAUUUACGAAUAAAUCUAAUAUAAUAUGCUGUCAAGUCUUUCGUUAUAAUUUUGAAUUUAUUGUAAAAAACGAACACGCUGAUAUAAAAUGCAAUACAAUUAAUGCACUUACUUACCUACUUAUUAGAUAUAGGAAAUGCAUAUAAUAUGACGACGAACUCAUUGUGUGGUUAUUUCGCGAUAAAUAAGGUGGCACCUAUACCUACCGAUCUUUGUGAAAUGUUAAAAUAAAUCAAAUUCUAGUAAUUAAUAUUGUUUUAAUGUUUUACCAAGAUUUAUUGACUUCAGAGAAGUCAAAUUAUUUAAUUUUAAUCAUAAUAUAAAACAUUCGUCUUUCGUCAGUAACAUAUUCAGUUGUAAGAGUUGUAGCUAUAGUAGGUACACAUAUAUAUAUAUAUAGUUAUAGAUUAUUAUAUAAUCUAAUAUAAUACAUAAUUAUAUAAUUUAACUAACAUAUUAUAUUUAUAUUGUAUAGUAUAUAGCAGGACUAGAUAUAAGCAAAAACGUAUAUUUUAAAUAUAUAGUAUAUUAUUUUUUUUAUAUAUAUAAUAUAUAUUCGACAUGUUUAAAAAAAUAUUAUGAUAAUAAAAUAUUACACUAAUUUGUAAUUCUUACAUAAACCUAUGAAAUAAACUAUAGUAAUUAGUGUGAACAAAAUAUUCA